UAGGUUACUGCCACUAACCUGCUGCCCAAUUUAUUAGCACCGGCAGGCUUUAAUACUCACAAUACUUGGUCGGGGAUUCUAACCCCUUAUUGAGGUCCCGGACCUCCAAGACAAAUCCUGCGCGUCAGCCCCGACCUCGGAGUCCCGGACUCCCUGUUUUUCAGACACUAUUUCUCUGCGCGUCGGCCCCUGGCCUCGGAGUCCCGGACUCCCUGUUUUCUACACACUAUUUCUCAUACAGAUUCUCUUAUCAGAAAUCAAUCAACGUUAAAACCACUUACCCUCAUGGCCUCUACCGACUGUGGUUCGUGGAGUCCGCUGAGCAGCUCAACAGGAACCCUCAACAGGGAACAAUCAAUCAAAGGAGACCGUGAGAGGACCGGGGGAAAGUCACCCUGUGGGCCCGUCCGUCUCAGCGGCGUCCAGUGGAUCGCUAGUUCACUAACACCAGGAUCGCUGGAGGCUCCCGUUGGAACUCCUGGCUGGCUCGCCAAAUUGUCCAUACCGAUUUGACAUUCAGUCGGAGAAAACACUCAAGAGGCCACAUUUUCGCUUGAUCCAUUCUUUAUUUAAUUUGAUACGAGGAGAGGUAACCACCAUACACAUCUGCAGCGUUUGGCAAUCAAGUCUGCCUAGCACGAGUACAAGGUUACAUUUAUAUCCAAAAGAAAUGGUUUCAGUUAGCACCUGUUUCCCCUGUCCAUGCUUAUGACAGUUUUGUGGUUAGCAAUUUCAUCAUGGUCACAACAGCUUCACGUGCAGAGGUACAGUGAAAUCCAUUGGAACCGGGGGCUGAGAUCGCACCAGCACUUGUUGAUCUGUUGCAUCAGUGGGAAGUGAUUCAUUCUGUCAUCCAAGCUGACAUAGAUCAGAAAAUUCACACCAGUGACAGACUACUCAAUUGUUCCGUGUGCGGGAAGAGAUUCACUCGGCCACCUGAUCUGUUGACACACCAGCAAGUUCCCACUGUGGAGAUGCUGUUCACCUGCUCAGACUGUGGGAAGAGAUUCACUCAGUCAUCUCAACUGAAGGCACAUCAGCGACGUCACACUGGGGAGAGACCGUUCACCUGCUCCGACUGUGGGAAAGGAUUCAGUCGAUCAUCUGACCUACUGGCCCACCAGUCAGUUCACACUGGGGAGUGGUCAUUUACCUGCUCAGACUGUGGGAAGGGAUUCAAUCAUUCAUCCCAGCUGCAGACUCACCAGCGAGUUCACACUCGGGAGAGAACGUUCACCUGUUCGGUGUGUGGGAAGGGAUUCACUGGAUCAUCUGCCCUCUUGGUACACCAGCGAGUUCACACUGGGGAGAGGCCGUUCACCUGCUCAGACUGUGGGAAGGGGUUCAUUCGAUCAUGUGACCUACAAAUACACCAGUCAGUUCACACUGGCGAAAGGCCGUUCACCUGCUCAAACUGUGGGAAGGGGUUCAUUCGGUCAUCUGACCUACUGACACACCAGUCAGUUCACACUGGAGAGAGGCCAUUCACCUGCUCUGACUGUGGGAAGGGUUUCACUCAGUCAUCUCAGCUGAAGGUACAUCAGAGAAUUCACACUGGGGAGAGGCCAUUCACCUGCUCAGACUGUGGGAAGGGGUUCACUCAGUCAGCUCACUUACUGGCACAUCAGCGAGUUCACACCGGGGAGAAGCCAUUCACCUGCUCAGACUGUGGGAAGGGAUUCACUCAAUCAUCUCAGCUGAAGCUACAUCAGCGAGUUCACACUGGAGAGAGGCCGUUCACCUGCUCUGAAUGUGGGAAGGGAUUCACUCGAUCAUCUCAACUGAAGCUACAUAAGCAUAUUCACACUGGGGAGAGACCGUUCACCUGCUCAGACUGUGGGAAGGGGUUCACUCGCUCAUCUUAUCUCCUGGCACACAAGACAGUUCACACUGGGGAGAAACCGUUCACCUGCUCACAUUGUGGGAAGGGAUUCACUCAGUCAUCUCACCUGAAGCUGCAUCAGCGAGUUCACACCGGGGAGAGGCCGUUCACCUGCACUGAAUGUGGGAAGGGAUUCACUCAGUCUUGCAACCUUGUGGCACACUAUCGAGUUCACACUGGGGAGAAAGUUUAAAUAAACAGCAAGCUGGAUAUUAACAAUCGCAGUUCCUAUAUCCAGAGACAAAUUCAGAAGUGACUGUCGGUGUCGAACUCUGAUUAUUGUUGCUGCUCACCAAACCCAGUCCUGCACCCUGGUCACUGGCAUUCCUUCUAUCGAUUUCACCUUCAUUGGGACUGAAGUUUAAUAUUCUUCAUCUGAGACAAAUAAAUCAGUUCCAUUUUAAACUCUGUCUCGGGUGUUUAUUUAAUCUGCAACACACCCAGUGUACAGUCAGGAAUCAACUCAGCCCAGCUGGUCCCUGCCAGUUUUUCUAUUCCUCGACCGUGCUUUUAAAUCCUUCCCUACCGUUCACCUCUCACUGUCACUGUGGUGAUGGGUUUCAGUCCCAACUCUGUGGAUGAAAUGGCCUCCCUUGAAUUUCCUGCAUGACUUUCUGCAGACUGAAGAAGAAGAUGAGCUGACUGCAGUUAUCUCUGUCAUGUUUGUCCCUCAUAUCUCUGGGCCGAGGAAGAAUGACAUUGGUAGUUAAACACCUUAUUCCUUGCUCAUUUUAAUGUUGGGGUUGUUUUCACUGUGUGUCACACAGCUGGGCUGUUGGAACACACCACUGCAUUCUGAAGUCUGAAAGCGGAAUGCAGAACGUUACACGUUAAUUGGAGUAGGGUCUGAAACCAGAGACGCGUCAGCACAGGGCAGAGUUUCGAGCUCUUGACAGUGGGAGGGGUGAGGGGAUAUGAGGAGUGGGGGGCGUGGCAACGAAUGACAGAGUGGAAACAUUUGGAAUCUGAUAGCAAAAAAAUGAGGAUGAUUUUGACUGUUGAUCACACAAUGCCAGCAGACAUUCAGUAUAUUGCUUGUGGAAGCUUGCUGUGUUAAACUGGCUACCGAGUUUAGAAAAAAAUAUGGUGCCAUUUGGCAGAGGAGAGACUAUGCUUGUAAGUACUUCCAAUGGCACCGUUCUUACCCAGAAAUCCCUGAGGUUAAGAAUGCCAUGGACCUCUCCUACACUUCAUUCUCUGCCUGAUCACGCCAUCAACCACCGUUUCUUCUCCUUCCUUGUACCCAAGAAGGACCACAAGCUCGCCCGCCUGGAGCCCAUGAGACGACCGCCUCCAGCCCGGACCCCAGCCCCUUGGACCUCGACUUCUCGGGCCUUCGGCAGGCUGAAGACCCAUCCGCCUCUGAUUCUGACCUCGACUGGAACCACGGGCUCCCGGACGUGGGCACCAGCCCCCCGGUGGGCCAUGGACUCACUCGCUUCCAACUCGGACCUCAGUUCUGGCGCCCUGCAGGCCACAGGCUCUGCCACCUCCAGCUCCAGAUCCAGCUCGGACCGAGGUCCUGACCAUCUCCAGACCGGGACUGCUCUUACUGCCACUGGGUCCUACUGAUGGUCUUAGUCCUCCACUACACUCGAUCCUCUCCACGACAUCCAGCCUUCCCUCUACCCCUCAUCCCCUCCAUUCCUCUGAUCCCUCAUCCUCCCCUAACCCCACUCUCCCUGAACAUCCCAACCCCCCUCGCUCCUGAGACCUCCCACUCUUUACCCUCCUCUGACCCCAGCCCCAACCCUUGCUGUGUCUUCACCAUCCCCUCUCUGAGGCAGAAUGUUUUGUCCUUAGCAAGGGCCUCACUUUUGUCCCCCUCUGUCCACACCUCAGUGAGUUCCGUGCCCGCCAUGACGCUGAAAUCUUCUUCCAUUGCCUACGUCUCCGAGCCUACUUCUUUGGCAAGGAUUCCCCUCCCCCCACUGAUGACCCCUUCUCCCGUCUUCAACCCUCCUCCUCCUCCUGGCCCAGGCCUUCUACCUGCACUCGAUCUUUUCAUCUCCAACUGUCGCCGAGACAUCAAUCAUCUCAACUUCACCACUCCUCUCUCCAGAUCCAACCUCACUCCCUCUGAACGCAUUACCCUUCACUCUCUCCGCACUAAUCCCAACCUCACCAUCAAACCUGCAGACAAAGGUGGUGCCGUAGUAGUCUGGUGGAUGGACCUCUACCUCACUGAGGCCAAACGGCAGCUUUUUGACCCCUCCCCUUACUUACCCCUGGAACAGGACCCCACCAUGGAGAAACCAUUGUCUCCCAUACCAUCACCGCCCUUAUUAACUCCAGAAACCUUCCAUCCUCAGCUACAAAACUCAUAAUUUCCAUACCCCAUACCGCUCGGUUUUUUCCUCCCCAAGAUCCACAAGCCUGACUGUCCCGGUAGACCCAUAGUUUUUGCCUGCUGCUGCCCCACCGAACUUGUAUCUGCCUACCUGGAUUCCAUUUUGUCACCCAUAGUUCAGUCCCUCCCCACCUACAUCCGGGAUACAUCCCAUGCCCUCCACCUCUUCAAUAACUUCCAGAUACCCAGUCCCGACCGCUUCAUUUUCACUAUGAAUGUCCAAUCCUUAUACACUUCCAUUCCCCAUCAAGAAGGCCUCAAAGCCCUCUGCUACUUUCUGGACAAUAGUCCUCACCAGUUCCCCACCACCACCACCCUCCUCCAGUUGGUGGAACUGGUAUUCACACUUAAUAACUUCUCUUUUGGCUGUUCCUACUUUCUUCAGACCAAGGGUGUAGCUAUGGGCACUUGCAUGGGCCUCAGCUAUGCCUGCCAUGUGGAACAGUCUGUGCUCCAAACCUAUACUGGUACUGCUCCCCAACUUUUCCUUCGCUACAUUGAUGACUACAUUGGUGCUGCUUCCUGCACCCAUGUUGAGCUCGUCAAUUUCAUUGACUUUGCUUCUAAAUUUCACCCAGCCCUCAAAUUCACUUGGUCCAUCUCGGACACUUCUCUCCCCUUUCUCGAUCUCUCAGUCUCCAUCUCUGGAGACAGACAGUCCACUGACAUUUAUAAGCCCACUGACUCUCGACUAUACCUCUUCUCACCCUGCCACAUGCAAAAAUGCUAUUCCCUAUUCCCAGUUCCUCCGUCUCUGCUGCAUCUGAUCCCAGGAUGAGGCUUUCCAUUCCAGGACACCUCAAAUGUCCUCUUUCUUUAAGGAUCGUGGUUUCUCUUCUGCCGUCGUCAAUGAUGACCUGACCCGCAUCUUUUCCAUUUCCUGCACUUCAGCCCUCACCCCAUCCUCCCGUCACCACAACAGGGACAGAGUUCCCCUUAUCCUCACCUACCACCCCACCAGCCUCCGGAUCCAGCACAUUAUCCUCCGCAACUUCCGCCACCUUCAACAGGACCCCGCUGCUAAGCACAUCUUUCCCUCUCUACCCCUGUCCGCUUUCCGCAGGGUUUGUUCCCUCCGUGACUCCCUGGUCUACAUGUCCCUCCCCAUGGAUCUCCCACACGGCACUUAUCCCUGCAAGCAUAAGUGCUACACCUGUCCCUACACCUCCUCUCUCACCAGCAUUCAGGGCCCCAAACAGUCCUUCCAGGUGAGGAAACACUUCACUUGUGAGUCUGUUGGGGUCAUCUAUUGCAUCCGGUGCUCCCGGUGCGGCCUCUGCAUCGGUGAGACUCGACGCAGAUUGGGGGACCGCUUCAUUGAGUACCUCCACAAUAGACAGGAUCUUCCGGUUGCCACCCACUCCAACUCUGCUUCACAUUCCCAUUUGGAUAUGUCCAUACAUAGCCUCCUCUGCUGCCAUGAUUAGGCCAAACAGGUUGGAGGAGCAACACCUCAUAUACCGUCUGGGUCGUCCCCAGCCCCUUGGCAUGAACAUUGAAUUCUCCAACCUCUGGUAAUUCCCUCCCCCCGCUUCCCCCAUCCCAGAUUCACUCUGCCCCCUCCUCCAGCUGCCUAUCACCUCCCUCAUGGUUCCGUCUCCUUCUACUACCUAUUGUGCGUCCCCCUAUUCCUUCUUCACCUUUCCUGCCUAUCCCCUCCCUGCCUCCCCUCCCCCACCCCUUGAUCUUUCCCCUUACUGGUUUUUCACCUGGAAGCUACCAGCCUUCUGCUUCCCACCCUCCCCCCACCUUCUUUAUAGGGCCCCUGCCCCCUCCCUCUACAGUCCUGGCAAAGGGUCUCGGCCCGAAACAUUGACUGUUUGUUUCCACGGAUGCUGCCUGACCUGCUGAGUUCCUCCAGCGUGUUGUGCGUGUUGCUUUAACCCCAGCAUCUGUACAGAAUUUGGUGUUAAGAAUUACUAUUACUGUGAAUUGAAUGGGCAGGUGCCAAGAGCGAAACUUAAGGAUUUGGGACUCGCAUGAAAAAUAUCACCACAAACAAGAGAAAAUCGGCUGGA